AUGACUUCAUCGAAUCAAUUGUCUCAAGAUUUUGCCUUUUUUAUCCAUCAUUCAGCUGAUUCACGAACAUUAACAACGCCAGAUAAUCUCGAACGGACGUGUUCGAUUUGUUUGAAUCUGCUAACAACAUUUCCAUCGGCACGCGAUGCAAUCUUCGAUUAUUUCAACUCACUAAUCCGUGUCGGUGUACAUUGUUUUAUUCAAAAUGUUUCCUUAGUUGCGAACGUAAGCGAUUUGCUAACAACGAUUGAAUCAAAACUAAUUUCCUUGGCAACGCAGUCGCAGAGUUGGGCAGACAUCCUUGCACAAUGGUCAAUCGAUCAAUUAUUUGAUCUCACUGUUCGAUAUGCCAAUGAAGCAAACAUUAAAAAAUGUGAAACAUUGGACGAUCGAAUUCAUUUAUGGACACAAUGUCAAGCAGCUAUGGUAUUAAUUAAGAUAUGUUCCGCCUGCAUUACACAUGACUCGACAACUGCAAAUAAUGCACUGAAUAAAUAUCUCGAAGCGUCGAUACGUAGUCGGCCAGUUUUUGAUUGGGUUACUGUCUCUUUAAGUUUACGAUGUGGUCAAACUCUUAUCUCACAUUUGAUCCAACUAAGUUUACAAGAAGCCAGUCAAUUUCAGAUUGUUCAUGGUGUGCGAAGUAUCUAUGCUGUUUGGUCGUCACUUGAGAUCAUUGCUGAACAAGAGCCUCAAGUAUUUCAUCAAGUUCUUACACAACAAAUUCAAUCGUUAUUAGCAAGUGAUGAUAUUCAAAAGCAUGUUUCUAUUCUUCCAUUGAUACAAAUGAUAUUUGUGGUGACGACGGGACCUUUGUGUGAUAUCGUCUAUUAUUCUCUCUAUCGAUCCUUAAACGCUCUCAAUCUGCGUCGUUUGUGUUCAUCAAUAAGACAAACGAAAAGCAUCGACAUUCCACAGUUAACCAAUGAAUUUCUAUCAGGCUUACUGCGAGUUCGCACUGAUGCAUUUCAAAUCAUUCAGUUCAUUCUUAGUUUCAUUCACGAGGAAAUUCCUGCAGAUCAAGAUGAAAUUGAACUUACAUUACACCACAGUUGUCAACACAUUCUGCAACAACUAUGUCAUGAAUGUCAUUAUAAAUUUCGUUUACAAAAAGAUAACCAAAAACCAGCCAUACCGAUCUUGUCAACAUUACGCUUGUCAUUCGAUUAUCUUCUCGAUCUUUUAAACUAUACAAAACAUCCGCAAAAGAUUCAACUCGUCAACGAUCUGUGCUUCAACAUUGCGCUUUACAAUGGCGAUGAAACAAUGAUAAAAUACGUUCAGUAUAUAUUUACAAGGUCAACUGCGAUUGAUAUUUUACAAGAUGUCUAUCUAGAAUUUGAAUAUUACCAUUCCAAUUGUGUACGUGAUAGUUUGAAUCUGAUAUUUGAACAAGAUGAUUCAUCAAAAAUCGCAAUAUGUCUCGAAAAUCUUCUAAAACUGUUGUCAAUUGAUGAACGAACAUUCUCGAAUAGUCGUUCAAUCCAUUCAAUCAUCUGGUCAUUAAUCACUCAUUUCAGUCGAUUUUUAAGUGAAAAUGCCGCUGAUUAUCAUCUUAUCUGUCAAAUCUUUCUUCAAUUACAUUGCUACAACACGUUACCAUCAUAUGAGCAUAUUCUUCAACUUGCUUGUUCAUUCACUGAUCUACAUAUGAAAAUCAUCGAAGAUAACGAUGAGAAUCUAAUGGACAAUCUGCUUCUCUGGCGCGAUACUCUCUGGAAUUUCCUAAGUUUUAACAACCAUGAUUUUCGUUUAUUCACAAUGAUUACAUUAAUCGAUGUAAUCGUACCUAAACUAAGUCCUUUUGAUAAAAUUGAUGAUACGAGCACAACACGUCGCACGAUGGAUGUAUCAAGUUCACUUCUAGAGCAGAAUCUUAGCGUGAACAACAUGAUUUCCAAUCGAGUACCAUCGCGGUCAUUCAAAAAGAAUUUCAUGACUGAUCGAUGGAUUAAAAUACCCAUUCAGCAUCUGGAUCAAUAUAACAUAUUGAUGACCGAUGUGUUCAAUGAAUUGAUAUCGAAUGAAAAUUCGCAGAAAUCACAAUUAAUUCUGAGUUUAGCAACAUCACUAAUUGAUAAUAUCCUCCCAGAUUCGACGAUCGAUUCUCAGUUUGAUGAUGAUCAGUAUAAAACACCGAAUGAAAGAAAUUUAGCAUUAAUUCGUCGACUUGACGAUCAACCAUUUGUAUGGAUACUAUUCGAAAUGAUUGCAACAGAUAGUACUGCCUUUCAUCUGUGCAUGCCAAUCGUUCGUUGUUUAUUGUGCGCUUUGAUUGUUCAAUGGGAGAACUUUCGUGGUGAAGAUCGAGCAAAAACUUUUGUCAAACAACUAAUGCUCUCCACAAAUUUAAUCAUUCUUCUGAAAAAAGCUCGUUUUCUUCCGCCCCCGUUGAAUGAGAUCUACGAACUAUUUCCAUUCAUCACAGCCUACGAUUGUUUUACACUUUUGUUAAACAUCUGGAGUUAUUUGAAGCAAAAUCAACAGAUGUCUCAAACAAGAUUAUUACCCACCUCGCAACCAAUGAUCGCUCGCGAUUCGAUUUACUUCGAUCCUAUUCGAUAUGUCAUACAAAAGAAUAUUGCAGAUGUUGGACCUAUCGCUGAACAUUUUCUUCAUUUACAAUUACAAAACACUGUCUCGAUUUCGUGA